UGCUUUAAUAGUUUACAUUGGAGUGAACCCUGGGCCAAAUUUAACCACGGGGGCAGGGUUGAGAGAGUGCCCGGCAACGUCAACAUCUGAAGGAAGGUCCUGGAUCCUUCCUGAGCUCAUGGACCAGGAACCAGUGGGGUCGUCGGCGUGGAACUGACGCAGGAAUCCCCUUUUCCUGUCCAUUCAAGGGCAUUACUUAAGGCCUCCGAAGAUCGCGCUUGCACCACUAAGUCGGCCCAAUGGACCCUGGAAGACGCCGAGGGUUUGAAUACCAGGGAUGCAUCAGCUGAUAAGUUCCGUCCGUGGGCCGACAUAGACCAUGGGGGACUGGAACCUGCUGGGGAAGCUCCUGGAAAAGGCGCAGGAACACUCCACGGUGGUGGGCAAAGUCUGGCUCACGGUCCUCUUCAUCUUCCGCAUCCUGGUCCUGAGCGCGGCCACGGAGAAGGUGUGGGGCGACGAGCAGUCGGGCUUCACCUGCGACACCAAGCAGCCCGGCUGCGAGAACGUAUGCUACGACCUCACCUUCCCCAUCUCUCACGUCCGCUUCUGGGUGCUGCAGAUCAUCUUCGUGUCCACGCCCACGCUGAUCUACCUGGGCCACAUCCUGCACCUGGUGCGCAUGGAGGACAAGCAGAAGGAGAAAGCCCAGCACUCGGACAAGCCGGCCCUGGUGGUGGACGCGCACAAUCACAAAAAGCCUCUGAUGCGGGACGAUAAAGGCCGGGUGCGCAUGCACGGCGAGCUCCUGCGCACGUACGUCUUCAACGUCAUUUUCAAGACGCUCUUCGAGGUGGGCUUCAUCGUGGCGCAGUACCUUUUGUACGGCUUCGAGCUGAAGCCCAUGUACACUUGCGACAGGCCGCCGUGUCCCAACGCGGUCAACUGCUACAUCUCCCGUCCCACUGAGAAAACCAUCUUCAUCAUCUUCAUGCUGGGCGUGGCCAGCGUGUCGCUCCUCCUCAACAUCGUUGAGAUCUACCACCUGGGCUUCACCAAGUGCCGGCAGGGCAUCACCUUCAAGAGGCGCAACCAAACGCUAACGAGCGUCUCCAAGGAGCCCAGCGAGGCCGGGGUGCGGUUGGGCCCGACUUACGACGACUACUUCCAUUGCCCGCCCAGCUACAACCUGGCGUCUCUGUCCCCGGCCGCCGCCGAGCCGUCCUUCCACCCGUGCCACAGCAAGGCGGCCUACAAACAGAACAAGGACAACUUGGCGGUGGAAAGGAGCGGCAGCAAGCUGGAGGAAUGCGAGCUGAAAGGGAAGAAGCGAGCGGGAUCCACCCCUGGGACGCCCAUUCAGGGCAAGCCGGGCAGCGCCGUCAAACACGGCAACAACAAGACUAGAAUAGACGAUCUGAAGAUAUGAGGUUUCUCGGCCUCCGGGGUCUUACUCUGGUCAUUCGUUCAGAGUGCAGGGGUGACUCAUUCUGCAUUUUUUUCCAUGCAAAGUCCAAGAUGGAACUUCCGAACACUUUGUUGCAGUGUGACUCGCUGAAUUUUUUUGGGACGUGUACAAAUAAUUUGUAGGGCGGCAUAGCUCGGUUGGUAGAGUGGCCGUGCCAGCAACUUGAGGGUUGCAGGUUCGAUUCCCGCUUCCGCCAACCUAGUUACUGCCGUUGUGUCCAUGGGCAAGACACUUUACCCACCUGCCCCCAGUGCCACCCACACUGCUUUAAAUCUAACUUAGAUAUUAGGUUUCAGUAUGUAAAGCGCUUUGAGUCACUAGAGAAAAGCGCUAUAUAAAUAUAAUUCACAAUUCACAGUACAAACCCCGUUUCCAUAUAAGUUGGGAGAUUGUGUUGGAUGUAAAUAUAAACGGAAUACAAUGAUUUGCAAAUCAUUUUCAACCCAUAUUCAGUUGAAUAUGCUAUAAAGACAACAUAUUAGUUGUUAUAACUGAUAAACAUUGUUUUUUCUGUGCAAAUAAUCAUCCAUCCAUCCAUUUUCUACCGCUUAUUCCCUUUCGGGGUUGCGGGGGGCGCAAAAUAAUUAGCAUCAGCCUAGUAUUUCCACCGGGUCAAACUCGUCACGUCACGAGUGACACUUCACCUGUCAUCAUUUUCAAAAUGGAGGAGGCUGAUUUCAUCCAUCCAUCCAUUUUCUACCGCUUAUUCCCUUUUGUGGUCGCUGGCGCCUAUCUCAGCUACAAUCUGGUGGAAGGCGGGGUACACCCUGGACAAGUCGCCACCUCACCGCAGGGCCAACACAGAUAGACAGACAACAUUCACACUCACAUUCACACACUAGGGCCAAUUUAGUGUUGCCAAUCAACCUAUCCCCAGGUGCAUGUCUUUGGAAGUGGGAGGAAGCCGGAGUACCCGGAGGGAACCCACGCAUUCACGGGGAGAACAUGCAAACUCCACACAGAAAGAUCCCGAGCCUGGAUUUGAACCCAGGACUGCAGGACCUUUGUAUUGUGAGGCAGACGCACUAACCCCUCUGCCACCGUGAAGCCCCAAAUAAUCAUUAACUUUAAAAUUUGAUGCCAGCAACACGUGACAAAGAAGUUGGGAAAGGUGGCAAUAAAUACUGAUAAAAUUGAGGAAUGCUCACCAAACACUUAUAUGGAACAUCCCACAGGUGUGCGGGCUAAUUGGGAACAGGUGGGUGCCAUGAUUGGGUAUAAAGGCAGCUUCCAUGAAAUGCUAAGUAAUCCACAAACAAGGAUGGGGUGAGGGUCACCACUUUGUAAGCAAAUUGUCGAACGACUUUAGAACAACAUUUCUCAUUGUACCAUAUGUCCCAGCAAGAAAUCUGCGUUCAAAGGACUCCGGCUUAUUAGUGAUUCCUAAAGCUCAAAAAAGUCUGCGGGCUAUAGAGCGUUUUCCGUUCGCGCUCCAGUACUCUGGAAUGCCCUCCCGGUAACAGUUCGAGAUGCUACCUCAGUAGAAGCAUUUAAGUCUCACCUUAAAACUCAUUUGCAUACUCUAGCCUUUAAAUAGACCUCUUUUUUAGACCAGUUGAUCUGCCGCUUCUUUUUUUUUUCCUAUGUCCCCUCCCUCCCUUGUGGAGGGGGUCCGGUCCGAUGACCAUGGAUGAAGUACUGGCUGUCCAGAGUCGAGACACAGGAAGGACCGCUCGUCGGGACCCAGGAUGGACCGCUCGCCUGUGUAUCGAUUGGGGACAUCUCUACGCUGCUGAUCCGCCUCCGCUUGGGAUGGUUUCCUGUGGACGGGACUCUCGCUGCUGUCUUGGAUCCGCUUUGAACUGAACUCUCGCGGAUGUGCUGGAGCCACUAUGGAUUGAACUUUCACAGUAUCAUGUUAGACCCGCUCGACAUCCAUUGCUUUCGGUCCCCUAGAGGGGGGGGGGGUUGCCCACAUCUGAGGUCCUCUCCAAGGUUUCUCAUAGUCAGCAUUGUCACUGGCGUCCCACUGGAUGUGAAUUCUCCCUGCCCACUGGGUGUGAGUUUUCCUUGCCCUUUUGUGGGUUCUUCCGAGGAUGUUGUAGUCGUAAUGGUUUGUACAGUCCUUUGAGACAUUUGUGAUUUGGGGCUAUAUAAAUAAACAUUGAUUGAUUGAACGAGUUAUUGCAAGGAAUUUGGGGAUUUUACCAACUACGGUCCGUAAAAUCAUCAAAAGGUUCAGAGAAUCUGGAGAAAUCACCGCAUGAAAGCCAUGAUAUUACGCACCUCUGAUCCCUCAGGCGGUACUGCAUUAAAAACCGACAUCAAUGUGUAAAGGAUAUCACCACAUGGGCUCAAGAACACUUCAGAAAACCACUGCCACUAACUAUAGUUGGUCGCUACAUCUAUAAGUGCAAGUUAAAACUCUACUAUGCGAAGCGAAAGCCAUUUAUCAACAACACCCAGGAAGGCCGCCGGCUUGGCUGGGCUCGAGCUCAUCUAAGAUGGACUGAUGCAAAGUGGAAAAGUGUUCUGUGGUCUGACGAGUCCACAUUUCAAAUUAUAUUUGGAAACUGUGGACGUGGUGUCCUCCGGAACAAAAAGAAAAAUAACCAUCCGGAUCGUUAUAGGCGCAAAGUUCAAAAGCCAGCCUCUGUGAUGGUAUGGGGGUGUAUUGGUGCCCAAGGCAUGGGUAACUUACACAUCUGUGAAGGCACCAUUAAUGCUGAAAGGUCCAUACAGGUUUUGGAGCAACCUAUGUUGUCAUCCAAGCAACAUUAUCAUGGACGCCCCUGCUUAUUUCAGCAAAACAAUGCCACGCCACGUGUUACAACAGCGUGGCUUCGUAGUAAAAGAGUGCGGGUACUUUCCUGGCCGGACUGCAGUCCAGAAAUAUCUCCCAUCAAAAAUGUGUGGCGCAUUAUGAAGCCUAACAUACGACAACAAGACCCCGGACUGUUGAACAACUUAAGCAGUACAUCAAGCAAGAAUGGUGAAGAAUUCCACUUUCAAAACUUCAACAAUUAGUUUCCUCAGUUCCCAAACGUUUAUUGAGUGUCGUUAAAAGAAAAGGUGAUGUAACACAGUGGUGAACAUGCCCUUUCCCAACUACUUUGGCACGUGUUGCAGCCAUGAAAUUCUAAGUUAAUUAUUAUUUGCAAAAAAAAAUGAAGUUUAUGAGUUAGAACAUCAAAUAUCUUGUCUUUGUUGUGCAUUCAAUUGAAUAUGGGUUGAAAAUGAUUAGCAAAUCAUUGUAUUCCGUUUAUAUUUACAUCUAACACAAUUUCCCAACUCAUAUGAAAAUGGGGUUUGUACGUCCAAUGCAUUAAAAGAAGAAUACAGUCGUACCUCCCCUUUAAUGCUUAAUUGGUUCUCUUAACCCAAAACACUUGUCAAUGUCUCUCAAUAAGAUAAAUAGGGCUUGAAAGUGUGAUGUGGAAAUGCAUUGAAUUGUGGGUCUUGCAGCCGAAUAAAAAACUGCUCAAGUUUUUUUUUUCUUUUAAGAGUUAAAGUUAAGGUACGAAUGAUUGUCACACACACACACACACACACACACACACACACACACACACACACUAUGUGUGGUGAAAUUUGUCCUCUGCAUCCCCUUGUUCACCCCCUGGGAGUUGAGGGGAGCAGUGAGCAGCAGGGUAAUGUAAUAAUUAGGGGUGCACAAAAAAAAAAAAUCGAUUCACAUCCAAAUCGCGAUUCUUAUUCAUCCCAAUUUUGAAUCGAUUAAAAAAUAAUAUUGAUAAUAAAAUAACAUUUUUUUGCAUAAGAACUUAUUUUAAAAAGUUGUUUUUAGGCUAGACUGUAAAUAGUGUUGUGCCGAUACCAAUAUUUUGGUACCCAUACCGGUACCAAAAUGUAUUUUGAUACUUUUUUGAAUAAAGGGUACCACAAGAAAUUGCAUUAUUGGCUUUAUUUUAACAAAAUAUCUUCAAGUACAUUAAACAUGUGUUUCUUAUUGCAGUUAAGUCCUUAAAUAAAAUAGUGAACAUACUAGACAAUCUUUUAGUAGUAAGUAAACAAACAAAGACUCCUAAUUUAGUCUGCUGAUGUAUGCAGUAACAUAUUGUGUCAUUUAUCCUUCUAUUAUUUUGUCAAAAUUAUUAAGGACAAGCGGUAGAAAAUGAAUUAUUAAUCUACUUGUUCAUUUACUGUUAAUAUCUGCUUACUUUCUCUUUUAACAUGUUCUAUCUACACUUCUGUUCAAAUGUAAUAAUCACUUAUUCUUCUGUUGUUUGGAUGCUUUACAUUACUUUUGGAUGAUACCACAAAUUUAGGUAUCAAUCCGAUACCAAGUACUUACAGGAUCAUACAUUGGUCAUAUUCAAAGUCCUCAUGUUUCCUGAGUUUAUAAACAUAAUAUCAAUUCCUAAAAAAAACAAAGAAGAUUUUGUGAUGCUAAAAAAUAUCGAUGUAAUUAUAGUAGUAUCGACUUGGUAUCAUUACAGUGGAUAAUAGGUAUAGAUCCACCUAUAGCGUUUGUUUACAUUUUGACGACGGUGAUCUACAGUGUGUAGUGAAGCAUGUUUAGCUAUUCCUCGUCCUGCCUGGACGAUACUUGUAAUGAACUUACUUUAUUUGUCGCCAUGGAGGCGAGAAUUAGUGAUUUAAAAGUAGCUAAAACACUGCCGACAGCGGCUGGACGUUAGCCGCUAGCUACCUAGCCAUGUCUUAAAGUCUUUCAGUGUUACAACUUCGCUUUUAGCGUUAGUUUUUAAGCCAAAGUGCGUCCGUUCUCCCUUUUCUGUCUACACGAUGUGUCUGCUUGUAAGUACUCUGUGAUUGCGUGCUGCCGAACAUGCUCGUCUGCUCCUAAACCAGCAAUGACACUACGUGACGACGGCGGGGGGUGGACCGGUACUUUUUUAUAAGUGGUAGAGUACCAAAUAUUAGUCAUUAGUACCAUACUAAAACCGUACAACCCUACCUAUAACCUAUUAGAAGUGGUAAUUAGCCCUGAGGCAUCCACCCAUUUGAUGCCCUUCGUGUACCCUGGAAAUAAAAUUAAUAAAAGCACGAUAAAAUGUGUGACUGAACAAUGAAGUCUGCUCAGGUUUUGAAAUCAAAUGUAUUUUAUGGCCAAAUGUUUUACUCCGUGAGAUAAGUUACCCGUUAAACAAACCAAAUACCACAAGUUCAGUUUGGACCGGAACAAUUUUGAUGAAAUAAUACAAAGUUGAAUAUGUACUUGGUCAUCAUUUAGUAACAUUAUGAGCUUUGUGCAAUGUUGUGCAAUAAGUCAUCAAACUGCUGUGUAAUAUUCCAGAACGUGUGUGUUUGUCUCAGGAGUCUCUGUAACAUUCUAUCAACAGCUGAUUUGGUCAUGUGAUUGCUUGAAAGUACCCGACAAUGUUCUUGGAAGGAAAAAAAAAUCCUGAAAUAAACUUGUCUUAAUAAAGGCCUUAAUGGCCACAUGCGUGGACAGCA